AUUGCCAUAAUUCUGUCAGAGUAAAACUGAAUUUAUUUGCACUGAAAAGCUUAAAAAUCGGCGGAAUGUAUCGCUUUAUUCUGUUACUAGUUUCCCUGAAUCUCGGAACCACGCUUUGUGCAAGUGAGAGCAGUCCGGAGAAUGUUAUCGACUCUGCCAAAUUAUAUCCUUCAACACCUGAACCUGAACCCGCUUCCCAAAUAAUCGAAAACACCAUCAGUCACCUGGAAUCCGUGGCUGCCACGGCGGCAAAACUAGCACGCGAAGGAAUCCUCCCCACGGAUGAAACUCAAAAACACUACGACCAAAUGGUUGAGACUCUCGCAGAACUUAUUGAAAUGGUUAAAGACCAGAAUAAUGCUUACAAAUUCCACAAAGCUAAGGGCAUCGAUAGAAUCAUCUUCCAUAAUAUGGAUAUUCCAUAUUCCAGACUGAGAGGACCGUUGCUUGUGCUUCUAAAAGUUCUUUUCGAAGUUGUUCCGACGACUACAGAUGCGAUUAUUCCUAUUUCUACGAUCGACAAGUUGUUAGACAUAUUCGAAAACGAUGACAAUCUAGCGAUGAAAGCUCAUGCUUUAGAUAUACUCUACAUCUGGCUGCCAGAAAACCCUAAAGCGCAAGUCAGGGUCAUGAAACUCAAAGGCUUGGAACCAUUUUACCAUCAGGUUUCAAAGUUGGACACGUCAGUUAUUUCUAUUCUUCUAGAUUUAUUCAAUACAAUACUAGAAGAGCAUAUCAAGGUACGAAAUGUUGAUAAGCAAAUGACUAAAGCUGAUUCUGAUAAAAUUCAGCUUUACCGAAGAAUCGGCCUGUUGGAGCGCAUGUCAACGCCUGCUGUAUGUAACGGAUUAAUGAAAAUUUUUGAGAACACCUGGUCUUACGUCACUGAUGACAAUGACGUCAUUGGCCCAGUUUUGGAUCUAGUAAAGAAUAUUAAGCCGUAUUGCAUGAAAGUCUUGAGAGGCCAAACUAAGGCUACGGAACUGUUCCAAGCGAUUUUAGAUUAUGUCCAAGAUGGAAAUAAAAAGGAGUAUUUAGAGAAUUUAAAUGUUAAUAUAACUGAUAUGAAGACAGUUUUAGAAGAUUUCAUUAGAGAGUUGAAGUAUACAGUGAAGGAUGAGUUUUAAGAUUUCAGGUUA